CCCCCCCGAAGAAAGUUUACCGCCCCCCCGAAGAUUUCAAGUGCCCCCCCGGAGAAAAAAGUCUGGAAGAAACACUGAGAGGAAGUUCAGCUACUGUACACAAUUCCAGUCCUUUGAUUCCCCACAAGAAGACUAGCCCUACUCAAGAUGUCGUCGAGAAUUCAGGUCAAGCUUGUUACAGAGCGCAAGAAAUAUUUGGAAGAACAGAUACAAGUUCUGGAACCUGUUUUGGGAAAUAUGAAAAAUGUUGUUGCAAAAAGUAAGGCGUGGCUAGAAGAAAAAACUGACCAAUCAUCUGUCAGCUACAUCGAGCUAUCACAAGAACUGGACACAGCAGCCACGGCCUUGUUGGAUGUGACGUCACAUAUUUUAGAUGAGGACAACAUGGAUGUCAACAAACCAACGCCAUCUUUACCACAGCCUGACACACAGACAACAGCAACAUUUCUAACAGUGGAAUCAACAAGACAACUCAAGACAGAAGUUCAACACACAGCUGUUAAAGAACAUCCUGACCUAGAGCGUAGACUCGCCUAUAUUGAAACAACACUAUCUUCACUACAGGAUACACAACACAAGUCUACAGAUGACAUAUCAGAAAUAAAACAAUGGAGAGACAACUUUGUAACAGAACAGAGUGACAAUUGGGUAAACAUUGAUCAACUGACUAAAAAACAAAAACAGAAUUUUAAAAACCUCAGAAAACAAAUGAGUGAACAAGAUAACAAAGUAAAGGAGCUGAACAAAGAAAUUGAAAGUUUAAAAGAAAAAGAAUCCAAGUCAAAUAAAUCACUAGAGAAACUGUCUCAAGAUAUGAAUGAAUAUGAAAACAAAGUGCGCAAAAUAAACAAAGAGAUGCAAGAUAUAAGAGACAGUAUGAAAGAAGAAAUUAAAAGCAAUUCUGAUUUGAUUGUUUCUUUACAAGAUGAAAAGAAUAAAAUCUUGGACAAAACAUCAACCCAAUUUGAAAAGUUACACUCAAAGCACAAUGUAAUGUAUAAACUCCUACAACAAAGAUUGAUGCCCAUUGACAAACUGAUUCAAAUCUUUAACCAGAACUUGGAAACUAGGGAAGAAAAAUUAAAUAAGCUGGGUGAACUUGAAAAUACUAUUUCAAAGUUGUCUAACGAUUUUCAUCUCAUAGAGUCAUGUGUAGGUCACAGAUAUGCUUGUCAUGUGAAGCUUGAUCGCACACCUAUCAGUGUUGGAUUUAUUAUUUCAAGAUUCUGGGAUGUACGUGAAUAUAACGGUCAACAUUUUAAUCAAACAACAGGAAAAUUUGUAUCACCACAUGAUGGUUUAUAUCUUGUCUGUGUCAGUCUAAGUGAAAGGGAAGGUAAACAGAUUGGAGUUGGUGUGAUGAGUGGAAACAGGUGCUGUGCGGCUAUAGAAGUGAAAUGUGCCGACACUAACGCUGCUGGGUCAGUGGUUAUUGACAUGAAGAAAGGUCAAGAACUUUACUUUGAAAUGUAUCACGCAGAUCAAGGCGCAGCGUUAUCCCUCUACAGUAGUUUUACUAUCGUUAGUUUAUAGAAGUACAACACAAAACAUGGUGGAUGGUAAAUUCUCAAAACAAUAAAACAUGUAACCAACAUGUUAAGCACACGCUAACAACUUACUACAUGUCCAUAAACAUUUAAUGGUUAGUAUGUUGUUAUUUUUAGUCAUCAUUAUACAGUUCCAACUUUUUCAGUGUGAUCACCAAUUAAUAUGUUGUACGUGACCACAAUAAACAUAUCUUUCUUCUUCUUCUUCGUUCUUAAUUUUUAGUGUUGGGAGGGAUCGAGCCUUAUCUGCCAGAAAGUUUGAACUCGAUACUUUUUUCUAAUUUAUCAACCAUGAGCUUUUCCGACUCGACCAUGCUUCCAUCAAAAUUAAGGAUUACGUGUCAACUGGUUAUGCGCCAUUGAGGCCAUUGACUCCGAUUUCAGCCUGCUUUUCUUUUUGGGUUUGCUUCCAUAGGCUUUGUCCAACCAAGAACAAACUACAAGGCAGCAGUAGUUUGAUUUUGGACCCCCAAUAAAGAUACGAGAUACAUCAGUUUUUAAAAAUCUUUUGUUUCUAUGUAAAUGUGUAUCAUUGUAUUUGUUAAAAACAAAACCUAGUUUUGUGUGUAAAUUUUGAAAUUGAAAUCCGCAUUUUCGGACAAACACAAUGAACUAUUAAAACAUGGAAUAAGUUCACUUGGUAACUUAAAUAUGUGUAAGAUAUAUUUAAAAAAAUUAAUUCAUGAUUUGAAUUUGUAAAUAUUGUGAAAGAUACUGACAAUAACAUUUGAUUUGU